AUGGGUCUCAGAUUUUUGGGUCUGACAUCAGUCGGCUGGAAUGGCAUGACUGGUUCCUGGUGGGAACGGCUUAUCGCUGCCUUUCUUUUAGCUACUUUGAUUCUCGGUCUUAGUUAUUCUUUAUACACUCUUUCCAAAUAUCUUAUUAAGCGAGCUAAGAAUCACUCAACCACUACCGUCUCACGGCCUGUCGCUCGCUACCUUCACAAGCUACGGCAGCGCUCAAAGCAGUCUGCAGUAUCCGUCAUUGAAAAGCCUACUGGCGAGGAGUUAAAGACCUUUGGUGUUUUCCUUGGCAGUUUUGCCCAACCGCCAACUCGCGCACAGCAAAGCCUGCUGUCUAAGUGGCACGUACUUGUCGUUGAUCCUCUUCAGGAUGGAGUUGUGCAGGCGUUACAAUCUUACCCAACAACCUCAAGAGAGAUUCUCGCGCGCAUUGAUAUUGACAAGGUCGCCGAGUCUACCACCACUAAUAGCAGUGCUGCUAUCAUCCAAAAGUUGGAGAUAUUGUUGCAAACGAUGGACUCUGUUCUAGGUCAGAAUGUCUUCACUGGUCUGAUUAUUACCAACUUCAGGUUGCAUUUCAAACCCGCCAUCGUUAAUGAAGUGUCCCGUCACGCCAGGUUGCUUGGUCGGGAGCUGUGGCUCGAAUUGUCUUAUCCCGAUUAUAUCUCGGAAGCAGAAGCCAAGGAGAUUGAUAUGAACUAUAUUCGAGGCUUGAUCUACCAGAAUGGAACAAUGAGACCCGACGGUGACCGACAGAACUACUUUCAGAUGGAACAAAUGCGAACUGUUAUGAGAGCUGCUGCCGCCCAACGCGUGACUCACGGUCCCGCACUGGUCAUGAUGGAAACCGUUGACGACGAUGCUAGCAUUCAAUACGCUGUGGCUACCCGUACCUAUAACUGGUCUACCUUCAAUAGCGCACUGUGCUGGAUCGGCCACCAGGCAGCUCUUUACGAUGCUACGCUUGCGCACUCACAUGCUCUUGCCAGCAAACCCCUCGGUGCUUUGAUGUGGCUAAAGGAUGAAGCGAACAUGAAAGCCCACGAGUACUGGCGCAAAAACGACAAGAUUGCCACUUCCCCGCAAGGCCACCGAGAUAUCUACGAGAGCCUCUCUGCAUUUAUUCCUGAUAUUCAUUCAAGACUACAUCUUUUCAAGCCGAAUAUUACGGAGCGAGAUAGCACUGGAAGCUACAUCGUCAAGCGCACUCCUCCUAGUUCGUUCCUCGAAAUCAACUCUAAGAAUCCAUCUCCCGUACUUCUUAAUGACGAAACAAGCGGUCUUGGUUGUUUCAUGCUUGGUCAUGAUGCAACCUUCUUGGAAUUUGAUCAGAUUCGUCGAGAUCAACUCAAACUUAGAGAUUUGGAUCUCCUGGCAAAGAUUGAGGGUAAUGAGCUCAAACAGGUUUGCAGACAGAUCGAGACCCUUCGUGACGCUGACCGUUUCGCUCCUGGCACUGUUUCUGCUAUUAAUGAGCUUCUUGAUCUUCUUGACAAAUCUACCGCCGACCCUGAAAAUGCUCCUCUCAAGGUCUUCUCUGGUCUUCAUUCCGGCUUUCAAACUAGCUCCGGCGCCCAAUACUGGGGCCUAUACGAUGUGGACCCCGUUACUCAGGGUGUCGUCUUGUUUCUCUCCAACAAGGCGAAGGAACGCGCUGCCACCAUCCUGCACACCUUCUUGUCUAGCAAACAGGUUCCUCGCGUAGAAUGUUUCGACGCCGAGCGUACCAUGGCAAUUCGCCUUGGAACCCUCUCCACGGAAUGGCUCUUGCCCAAGCGUCUCGUACAAGAUGUCCAGCUACUCUCGCCUGCCGAGAUGAUCCAGUUCUCCAUUCGUAUCUCUGCAAGGCCGAGGAAAUCGGAGUUCUUCAGUUUGGUCGCCAAAUGUAUGAAGUAUCACCUGAUUAGUGUGCCGAUGCUCACCCAGCAAAGGGCGCUCAACUCGGUCGCUUAUCUAAACAACGAUGUCACUGCUGAACAGCUCAUCACUUCCCGCUUGGAAUGGCUCUCUGAGAAACGUUGUUGGGUACCUCAACGCUCCGAAGCCGUUCGCCUGUUCGUGGACAUUGAUACUCGCCUCUAUACCGCUCUUGUGGGCGGCGAGAGCGAAGUAUACGCCCGUCUUGGUUAUGCCAUGCAGCAGUUGGCUGAGGCUGACAAGAUCGAUGCUGGUGCUGAUAUUCUUGCUCUAUCCAUCAUUUCUGCAUUCCGAAAGUUAGCAAUGGACGAGGUUUACCUCGAGACCUUGGAUCGAAACCCUUAUCCCAACCACGCUGCUGACCAGGCUGCUUGCUUUGCUGAAAACUUCGCUCUCGGUUCUCGUUGUGACUCCUUUUUUGACAUGACACCCCGCAACGUCGGAAAGAUCGUUGCCAAUCGAUACAGAGAAUACUAUAUGAAGUAUCAGCCUCCGAGACGUACCGAAAACUUUACGGAGUUGCCCACAGCGUAUGCGGCCAUGCAGUCCGAUAUUGAUCCCACGGGCGGAGAGGAGAAAACGGCUUUCAGCUACCGAUUUACUUUCUUUGGUAUUUUCGCCAUUCCUGCGCUGAUUGAUGUGAUGCUACUUACCACCGUCGGUCGCGGUUUGUACUUGACUACCUUUAUGUCCUCGGAGCAAAAGACAAUGGCCACUACAGCCCUCAUGUGCGCACUUCUGCUGACUGGCGCUUUUGGUCAGUGGAUCUGCUCUGGCGGUAGCUACUACUUCUACGCCAAUGGUUUCCCCGCCAUGAAUUUGUUCAUUCUCACUCGAUUAACUGCCGGUGUCGCUUUGAGCUUACUGGUCGCUGUCGUUGGCUUCGUCGUCAUUAUCAGCACCCAGACGGCGACAGCUGCUGGGAUCUUUCUUUUCUAUUUCGUCAUGCUUUCCACAUACCUUUUGGUUCUCAAUGCGCUAUCUAUCUACCAAUUACCAGGAUCAGAGUUUCUUUCGGGUAGGACGGUCAUCAUCACCUGCAUUCCCAUCCUAUUCAUCUCGCCUAUCGCCAGUAUGGCAUAUGAUGACGAUAUUAGGAUUUAUUUACCAGUCCUAAGUACGUUCUUGUUGGCUCUUUUGUGGAGAGCACGAGACACAGUUGCUAUGUGGAGCUCCUGGUACCUCGCAAUUCCUUACACUAAGGACUCUGAGAUCAUUGAGUGGUAUCGCGAGCAUGCCUCCGAGGACGAACGUACCCGUGUUGAAGGCUGGGCCAACAAUGAGAUCAUGCCUAUUGCGCGUACUGUUGUUCACAAUGCUGUGCUCAAGGAUGUCAACCGGUGGUUCUUCCAGAAACAAACAUCUGACCCUUUCAUCAAGAAGCUGUCGGAUGGAUAUGGCUCAACCAUGUUCUUGAUGCGCUGGUACUGUCGCCACAAGAGAUCCUGGAUGCCGUUGGCUUACAGCACCACUUGGAACUUGACACUCAAGGCCGGUAUGGAGAACAUGACCAACAUGCAGAAGGGUUUGAAGCUUCACAGCGCCUUCUUGCAUUGGAGAUCCACUGGAAAAGAUAUUUGGUCUGGACUUCUUUACUUCGUCGUUGCGCUUCUGGAUAAGUGGGCUGCUCUGUUCACUGGAGGUGGCCUCGUGGGUUUGUCAGCUGCGAGCAGCGAAGAGUUCCGUCUCGGAGUCGGGUUUGGUCUUUGCUACUAUCUUGUGGGCGCAGUGGCGCUCGACACCGUCUCGCAACCGCUGUGGACAGCCGCUAACGAGAAGAUCAACAAGCCUAUCACUUCCCUAGAGUCUCUGAAGGAAGCCAACAAAGCAGACAACCUUGCUAGGCGAAGCCUCUACUGGAGAUCGCUCUCCAAAUUCUUCUUCCUUCACCUUUGGGGAGCUGCAGUUUUUGCUGCACUUAUGUGGGCUUUCUCAGCUUACGAGAAUGACUCAAUCAUGUUCCUCUGCUACUUUGGUGCUUACUCUGGUCUCCUAUGGUACCAAUACAACAAGAUUUACUGUGGUUUGAACGGUGCAGCUCCAUUAGCUGUUGGUGCGGUCGUUGGUUUUCCAGUCGGCAUCGCGCUGCACAAGUGCCUGCCCUACUGGUCCUUUGGUGGUAUUGUCUCUCUCGCUAUCGCUACUUGGACAGCUGGCUUCUACUCCAUGUUCGUCGCCAACAUCGGCUUGCCAAACAUCAUGGUCUGGAAGAGGAAGACAGCUUUCGCUUUAGCUGCAUCUGACGAGAAAACACUCAUGGCGAAAUCUUACUCUGUGAGCACUUUGAAGCCAAGCCCAGAUCUUUCCCAGACAACUAUGAGCCAACUCUUUGACUGCUUCCGCGCUCUGCCAGUUGAAGAUCGUUAUACGCUUGAUCCUCAAAAGCAUCCUGGUAGGCGCAUCUUGGAGCUGCUCUCCCACGGAGACAGAUUGAGGACGCCUCCCGUUCUAAAGGCCUCAUUUCACUCAGCUCAGAAGAUACUGGAUCUUGCCGCACAGAACUGGCUGUCCGGUGAAAUUGUUAUUGAGCUUGUCUCUUCUCGUCACAAGUUUGGUGGGGGCAUCGAGCUGCGCUCUAUCAGCCGCAAGUCUGGCGACACUCUACACCUCAUCGUAAUCCUUGGUCCCGACCGAGUAAUCGACGAAUGGGUUCUGAAUGUUCAACGCCACUGGAAGAUUAUCGCCGAGCAAAUUGUUCAGUCCUUCUCUGAGCACAAGCUCGCAAUGUCCCAUGAUGACGCAACGCUUGCAGAGCUUCUGGUUGUCGAACACUCCAUGCAGGGUGGCCUCUCUGUACCUGAGGGUAUCAAACGACAGCUUGAGACUUGUUCAUCAGAACGUGUCCGUCUCAUGAAAGAAAGCGACAAGACAUACCUGUCAUACCUCCUCCUAGGCUUGGAUUGCGAACAAGAGUGGGAGUCUCUCUCUGAGUCCGUUCGAACCUUCCUCCUCCAGCGCUGCCUCGGCGCCCCGGGUGCUUUGGAAGCUGGUGUGGAGCAGUGGCUUUGCACCAGAAUUGGUUCUCAGAACCCUCAGGAUGUAGAUAUCCAUAUUGCUCGUAACGAUCUUGGUGCUGCUCUAACGAAGAGUGUGAAAAAGUAUGCGCAGGAUCUGGAGGACAAAGGCUUCAAUGCGCCUGAUGAAAAUUCUUACGUUACCGGCAAGGUCGUGCAAGAGCUUUACCCCGUUGACGAGACUCACGAAAAGUACCUCCUCUCCGUGCCCAAGAAGCCAGUGUCCACACUCUUCCGAGGCUUCAACCUCUGCGUCAAGUUCCUGGUCCUUUCAUUGACAGCGGAUCCUGAGUAUCAACGAGAGUUAGACUUUGUUCUACGUAACACCUGGCCUGUUGUUCGCUGGCCCUUGAUCUUCUUCUUGACCACCAUCUGGUCGUACUGCAAGCUGUUGCAGAACUUUCUGAUCCCUUCCGUUUUGUUCUAUCGUCACGAACACGUAACUAAACUUCAGAAGCUCAUGAGAGGCACUACAACUACUCUUGAGAAGAACAGACUUACUACGGAGAAUUUCAACGGCCCAGCAAGCUGGUUCUGGACAACCCUCGAUAGCGGUUCUUUGCGACUAUUCCAGUAUGCUGGCAAACACGACUCUGAGCCCAGCGAUCAGAAGGGUCUCAUGUCUGUUAACACUUACAACAACCACCUCAUCCUCAGCACAAGAGAGGUUUACAGUAAAGGCAAGAUCAUCAACUCAUUCGAGUACGAGUAUGAGAACCCUCGAUCAAAGCUUCCUAUGCAGCGCAAAUGUCUCACAGGUGAGCGCCAAGGCGAGCUUGCUCAAUAUGAUCACAGAGGCUAUAUCACCACAGGCUCAGCCAUGAGGGGCAAGAAUCGCGUCAACUGGAAGAACUCCUAUAGACACAACGCUAAGCACGAAGACGAAUUGCUGUGGGCCGAGUACACAUUCCCCCACAUUACAAUCAAGGUUCUUUGGAGUAUGCCUCCUCGCAACCCGCAGAAGAGAUUGGAGCACUGGAUCCCCUUCUCUGCGGUGACGGAAGCGACUUACAUCCAGGGUGACAAGACUUGGCAUGCCUCAUGGGACUUUGAACACAAAUUCCAUCCUGAGGUAUCAGUGACGCUGAAUGGCAAGGACGUCGAGACCCCUCUGAUGAUCAGUGAGGAUUGGUUCCAUGUCUUGGAGAAGCCCGAGAACUGUAGCUUUUUGAGCGAGAACCCUCUCCUCGAGUUUUCUUCCAUCAAAUCCAACCCAGUGUCACGACUCAUUGGUCUCAAUGUUAGGCGUUACCCCAUUCCCACGGCCGUGGCUCGUACACAGCUUUGGAAAGCUUGGAAGGACGGCAGGGAAGUCGACGCCAUCAGCGCCCGCUGGUUGGACGAGGAGUUGUUACGUGCAGACAAGAUUAUGCGCCCUUACUGGCGACGACGCGACUUUUGUCGUCUCGAGGCUGCCAAGUCAUACGUGGAUGCGCAGGCUGAUACCAUUAUGGCCAGAGUUGACAUCAAUCCUCAGGUCAGUGCAUGGAUCCACAUCGCCUUCAAGAUGAGCGAUCUGUACACCUUUGGCACUGGUGGAGAGUCAUCCAUCAACACACGUCAUUUGUCUUCGCAACUUCUGGAUAGCGAGUAUGAGAUUCAUGUUCUCUGCAUGGAUACUUCGACCUGGCCCAACGAUCCUGGUGGUGUUUCUGCUUGUCGUAGAGACAUGGUCAACGAUCUAAACACUAUCAAGUGGCACGUUCUUGCUGAGUCGGCAAACGAUUAUGGUGUGCCUCGAUUCCAGAUCGAACAAAACGUCCAGUCACUGACAAUUUUGCCUCUCUGGGGUCUCGAUUUCCUGAACCCGAUCCACGGCGUCUUGGAAAGCAACCUUGAUACUCAGGUCGUCCAGCGAACUCACGACACCCGUACGAAGGACAUAUUGCAGAACUUCAUCCCUAUUCUCUCCAGUCUGGUCAAGUGCGCUCGUACCAUCAACCUAACCCGGGAGCAUGUUGACGAGGCCACCAAGGCUCUGGUCAACCUCAAUACCUAUUUCGAGACUUCUCGCAACUGGAACGAUGUGUGGACUAAUCCUGUCGUCAAGGAGAAGUGGCGUGAGCUCUGGUUGAGCGACUGUGACAAGUCCAUGAAUAUCGACAACUGGUGGAAUUUCGAGAUGCCGACGAUCAAACAUCUCGACGACGCAUUGAACCUAUGGUGCCGUUACCUCUUUAUAUUCUCGCUGCCCGUUCCUGAGCAAAUCCCCGAUAUCUUCCAGGCUUCUCACCACUUUACUGGUGCCACCUAUGGUAUCGUGUGCAAGGAGAAGCGGGACGUCUCUCUUCACAUCUGGGAUCACUGUAUCAGUUACCGAGAGUUCACCACCUUCAUGAGUUCCGCCGUGUCGUAUGAUUCUCCUUUCGUCAACAGCUCGCUGAUCUCUCUGACUCAUCUGAGUUGCGUGCUUCUUGAGCACCAUGCUGACGUUGUACUUCCUUGCUGCGAUUACUUCAACCCCGGCUGGGAAGAGGAGCUCGGAACCGCCGAGGGUGCCAUUCAGCACCGCCGUACCUUCGCCCGCAAGAUUGACCCCGUCGUCAACGGCAUCACUAGCAUGGAGAAGUUUGAGCCGACGAAGACGAUCAAAACCGACACUCCUACCGUGGUCAUGUUGUCCCAUGUGCAAUAUGCCAAGGAUAUUAAGAACGCCAUCAUGGCUACCGAUUUGAUCGUGAACAAGUGGGGCUUCAGAGACUAUCAACUGCAUAUCUACGGUGACCAGGAACGAGCCGCUACCAUUGCCACGGAGUGUCAAGAGCUCAUCGCCGCCAAGGGUCUCAUUGAGCAUGUCAUCCUCAAGGGCCUUGGUAACCCCUCGGUUGUUCUCCAAGACGCAUGGCUCUUCUUGAACUCGUCCAUCUCUGAGGGUCUGCCGUUGGCUAUGGGUGAGGCAGCCCUGACAGGUGUCCCCGUCGUCUGUACAGAUGUCGGUGCCUCGUAUUGUGUUGUUACCGACCGCACCACCGGCGACCGCUUCAGCGAGGUCGUGCCGCCCAACGACUCCGAAUCUCUGGCGCGCGCCCAGGUCAACAUCCUCGCGCUCCUGGGCCGCUGGGCCGAGCACGCCGAGCAGGGCCCCGACGAGGUAUGCCCUGUGCUCGAGUAUCCCGUGCCUUCGCCCGAGUCGGUCAAGAAGAUCUCGGAGCGCAUGUACGCCAAGCGGGAGCAGCGCCGCGGCCUCGGCAUGCUGGGCCGCCAGAACGUCUUCAACAACUUCUCAUCGCACCGCUACCUGCGCGAGCACGAGCAGAUGCUGUGGCUCGGCAAGCUGCGCAGCGGCGCCCACCGCGCCCGUGAGAGAAAGAAGCAGGCCGCCAUCAGCGGCGCCGAUACCCCGCUGUCCGCCAGGUCCAGCCUCUGGUUCUCCAAGGAGGCCAAGUCCCCUUACGCCAACUGGUCGCGCCCCACGUCUCGCCUCACCCCCGAGUCGUGGAUCUCCCUCACGAGCGAGGACACCCGUGGCGGAGGCUGGAUGUCAGCCUCCGGCAGCACGUAUAGUGUGACGCAGUUUUUCGCCAAGGAAAAGCCUCAUGGGAAGACGCACCUGUCUGUGUUCGAAGUGCAAGACUUAUGAUAAGAGUCGCAAAUGCAAAAAGUUGUUUGCCUUCUUCGUUUGGUUAUAAAGCGCUUGAUACAUUUACAAUUACAUUUAGUCAUUAAUGCCUUAAUAUUAGGAAAAGUAAUACACCUAUAAAGACUCAUCACUUUCAUCAUGCUUGGUUAUAUGCCCUGAGAAUCCCAAAACCAGACAGCUAGGGUCGCCUGCUUCUCGAGGAGAAGCGCGACGCCGUUUCAUUAUUCACGCAUGAUCGUCGGCAAUUUCUUUUUAGUGGUAAUUUCCUCCAUGCAUAUCAACUCAAGCUCACCUCCAUCACACCCUGUAGGAGUAUUGUAUCACUCUUGAGUAUCAACGUGCGUACAUCUAUGCUAUCUGAUACUCAGUACUACCGUGAUUACAGGGUCUCGCGGCCACGCUGUGGUAAUGGGCUCGAGGUUUGGGGAGGCUGGCAAUCUG